CUUUUCCGUGUUUCUCGUCGGUUCGGACAGGCGUGGGGCAUAUGCGUUGGUUUUCAUGGAGUUUGUCAACUCGAAAGCGCAACUUUGCGGUCGAGGUCUGCAUCAGAGGUCAACGGUAAUGCGCUUGGUGGACGAGACUAUGCAGGAGUGGCAGACCGGCUCUCGUCGACAGUGGAGGAGGGAAAACCUGGCGUGGCACCUCGCGCGCAACCUAAUGUUUGAUGCAGUGGUUGGCUGGUCCCACGGGAAGGGUGUUCUCUUCUCUCUUGUUCUAUUAGCUACGGCACUCCUAUCCUCGUUUAAUGUGGUUGUAGUGUUUGCCUGCUCUUGUUUGCUGCUUUCCUUUUUCUUUUUCUGUUUCUGUUUCUUUUUUUUACUACUCAGAUACCUUGUUUUCCCUGUUUCGAGUUUUCUUUUCAUGCUCUCAGCUGUCGCAACAUUCUCCUCGUCCAGAAUGUUUGCCGUGAGCUGAGAAGCACAUUCACCACGAUAUUUCCUUGUGCGGCUGUUGGCCGUCUCUCUUCUCCAUCCACCUCUUGAUUCGAGCUGCUGUGCGCGUCGUUUCAGUUUUGUUUCUUCAUUGGCAGUCUCCUUUUGCGGUCGAUAGAUUUUCCAUAGCCACAUUCUGAUGCAAAAUAUCAUCACUUCUCAACCACUCGCGUUACUUGACGGAGGCUGCGCCUCCUUGAUCGGUGCCACGCGUCUUAACCAAGUCUGGAGUGCCUGACAGUGUUUGCCCGACCACAUGCUGUGUUCAGUGGCAUGGAGUCUGUCGUGAACGCCAGAGCUAAUACCUGGCUGGAUC